GGCGGGGAAAGGGCGGACGAGUCUUGCUCUGUCGACGCCGCUGUGCAGGUGAUUUAUUUCAUAUGAUCCCAAGUCAGCGUACUUCAACGACCACACAAAAUUAUCGGGGAUUUUCACAGUAUUGUUUGGAAACUGGAGGUGCUUGCAUCAGAUCGCACGAAACUCUCGCACAGCUUUGAAAGGCAAGCAACACUGCUUUUGGGUUUCGAGACCACGAGAAAAAAACCUCGCAGACUGUGAUUUUUUUUUCCGCAAGUUGAAAGCAGUACAAGAGUGGACGUAGCGGGGAGUAAAGUGUGAAUUAGAGAAAAAAAAGUGACGUUUUUUCCAUGUUGGGGGCAGUGCGACUUUGACCGCCCUCGUCCUCAUCGUGCGAAGGGUGACCCUCGCCAGGAGGAAGAGCUGAGACCGCGGGGCUGAUGCUCCUAGCCUUUGCGAGCUCCUGAAGAUGGCGCGACAGUGCGGAGGAGGAGGAGGAGGAGGCUGCCUCUCCCUUGGACUUUGGUCCCUCGCCUAUUUGUACGUGAUCACCGCCUCGAGCGCCCUCGGCUCGGGCCAGAGCGAGAGUCUCAGGAGGAACCUGAGUACGGCGAAGGGCGUCGACCCUCCCGUGGUAGGGGAAGGCCUCCCUGCAGAGGUCGCCCCCCUCACAAGCCUUGCUCACGCGCGCGCCCUCACGGAGAAGGAGGCCGCCGAGAACCCUCCUGAAGGGCCGUACUUUGUGGUGCCGCCGGCGACCCACGUGACCACGAGGGCCGGACAGGCGGCGGCGCUCACCUGCAUCGUCAAGCAAUUGGGAGACAGACAGGUGUCGUGGAUCCGCGGCCGCGACCUGCACGUGCUCAGCUCGGGCCUCGUUGCUUUCUCGUCCGAUUCGCGGGUCAGUGUAGCCAACGUGGGCGACUCGUGGACGCUGACGGUGCGCUACACGCAGCCGCGCGACGCUGGAUCCUACUCGUGCCAAGUCAACACGCAGCCGCGCAUCGCCACCUGGUACAACCUCACGGUCGUCGAAGCGCGAGCCAACAUCCAGGGGAAGGAGACGCUGUACGUGCAGAGCGGAAGCACCGUGACGCUCGAGUGUGUUAUACGGGAGGAACUCGUCAUUCCCGGUCUGGUUUUGUGGUAUCAGGACGACCGUCUGGUGGACCGGGGCUCGGGGCGCGUCACAGUGGACACCACGGUGGGCGACGUGACCACCAGCAAGCUCACUGUGGCCGUGGCCGAGAAGAGGGACUCCGGCAACUACUCGUGCUGGCCCUCCGCCGGCCGCCCCGACAGCGUCAUCGUCCACGUGAUCCAAGGUGACCCCCCGGCGGCGAUGCAGCAUGGCAACUCCGCCUCUGGCUUCUCCACGGUGCUGCUCAUCCCGACAAACAUCAUCUCUCUCUUGUUCCUCUUCACGUGAUACUUCCCCGUUCUUCACAGUGACCCAGGCUGGCCCAGCGUGACCCCAACGUCGUGAAUAUCUUGACCUCUUUUCUCGUUCUUGACCUCGUCCGCGCCACGAGGGAAAUCGGACCUAAGGACUGAUCAACUUGACGAUGGCGUGAGUGAAAAACAGGUUCAGAAAACAUCACACGACAAAUCCGAUGAAGCAGAUUAAUAAACACACUUUUUUGUCCGUUGGUUUAUUUGUUUACAUGUUGUUAUUUUGGUUCUGUUCAUGUAAAUUUUCCAUUUUAUAUGUAUUAUAUAUUUAUGUCACCCUUUUAGUUUCCCCGUUAUUGUAACUCUGAUUUGGAUUUUGGCGAGUGCAAAUAGCUUAUGAUGUAACACGUCAAAGGUCUAAAUUUAUACUUUAAGGAGUAGAUAUGUAUUCCGGUGUAAAGUUAUGCCCCAAGGCGUAAGUUUAUGCAACAAGACGUACAUUUUGGCUCCGAGGCGAAAGUUUAUGUUCCGAGGAUUAGAUUUUGCACUCGCGGGCUUAAAUCUGGGUGGCAAUGUAGACCCCAAGGUAAUUCAGCUUUCAGAGAAACUUUCAUCCAUGCCUUGUGUACAUUUGCCAAAGCAUUCAAGAAAGAUCGGUCAGAGACCUCGUGAAACUGCGAGGAAACAACAACGUAAGAAAGAACUCUUUCCUGCAACACAAGCGCAAGACGAAGGUCCUUGGUGACAGGCAGAACGAGCACGCGCCUCUCCCUUGGGCGCUGAAGAACCGAGUCGCGCCCUUCUCCUCCUACUACUGAAGAAGGGGAGAGGCAGGGCCAGGUCCUGCCGCCUUCAUGGAACCAAGUGGAAGUCAUAAAGCUGUGAUGAGAGCUUGUGAGCAGCCGUGUUAUUUUGAAGAGGCUUUGGCGAGUCGUGUUACCAUGGCAACCCAACACGUGAGGUGUAAUCCAGUUCAAAUUGUAUUUUGUUUGAACUUUGGAAUUUCACUGUGAUGUGGAACAGCUUCAAGGGCAAGGAAAUGAAUUAAGUUUAUAAAACAAAAUCUGUUUUUUUUUUUUUCUUUCUUUCUUUUUUUGUAGUAUAAGAAAGUCUAAGA